UCUUUUUCAUUUAUUUUUAUUCUAGGCAAACCGCACAUUGCCAAAUCGUGGGUUUCAUCUGGCGGCACAUUGUAUAACAACAAAAAUGUUCCAUAUCAUUACUCGGGGCAUCUCUACCACGGCAUCGCUGUCGGGUAAAAAAAACUUUCGCAAAUUCCUGCUCUACAACAAGCGGGGAACGCGAAUCUUCAAACAACAGCGGGCUGCCAAUCCAAACCUUUAUGCGGACAUCCCGAUCGACAAGCGAGGCGUGCGUGAUACAGGCGUAACUAUUGACGGCAAAUUCAUCGAAAUAAAGGAGAGGAUACCCGAGCUGAUUGUUCCCAACCUGGAAGGAUGCAAAUUAAAACCGUACGUGUCGUACAAGGCUCCCGAUGUAGUGCAGUCGGAAUUCACAAGCCAAGAUCUGUUCAAUUCUGUGUACGCCCAAAAAAUCAUAAGCGAUUGGAAGAGUGGAAAGUUGAACGACGAUGGAACUCCGACAGAGCCCUCCAAAGAGGAAGCAUUAUCAGCUGAAGAUGCGUGGAUUCGAGCUAGAAAAACCGGAUCGGAUAUCUUUUAAAAGUAAAAUCUUGUUCAAAGUUUGAUUAGGAAAUAAAACACAUUCAUUAGGUAAUUAA